UCAGUACUGCCCGAGAACGGCAAGGCGUCACCGCAAUGCCAAACAACGCCUGGCCGUGACCUUCAACCAGACAAACAAGUGGAGGCUUCUCCCUCUAAUAAAACGUGUGCAUUAACAAGGACCUCAGGCAUGGAGCUCCAAUGGCGGCCCUGCCGACCUCGCACCGGCCCCUCCCUCGCUACCCGGAUAUAUCCACACAUAUUCAUAUAUAUAUCGCCGAAUGCAUGCUCUGUUACAUGCUGUGGUUGGUGGCAUGCUGCCUCUUGCUCCUCUUGUACGGCGUUAGAUUCAGGUCUGGUUGCUGUCAUGGCCAUGGGCCGAGGGGCUACCCGGUGAUCGGGUGCCUGGUCGCCUUCUACCGGAACCGGCGGCGGCUACUGGACUGGUACACCGAGCUGCUGGCGGCGUCGCCGACGCAGACGAUCGUCGUUAACCGGCUGGGCGCGCGGCGGACCGUGGUGACAGCGAACCCGGUGAACGUGGAGCACAUCCUCAGGAGCAACUUCGGCAACUACCCCAAGGGGAAGCCCUUUACCGACAUACUCGGCGACCUGCUAGGCACGGGCAUCUUCAACGUCGACGGCGAGCUGUGGUACGCACAGCGGAAGCUAGUGAGCCACGAGUUCUCGGCGCGCGCGCUCCGGGAGUUGGAGGUCGCCGUGCUCGAGGACGAGGCGCGGGAACGCCUCGUACCGGCGCUGGGCCUGGCCGCGGCGCGCGGCGACGCCGUUGACAUGCAGGACCUGCUCCGCCGGUUCGCAUUCGACGUCAUCUGCCGGGUGUCGCUCGGCGUUGACCCCGGGUGCCUUGACCCGGCAUUGCCGGCGCCGAGGCUGGCCGCGGCUUUCGACGCCGCUGCGGGAAUCAUCGCCCGGCGCGGUGCCGCGCCGGUGGCCGCCGUGUGGAAGGCGAAGCGCGCGCUGGACGUCGGUUCGGAGCAGCGGCUGCGAGAGGAGAUCAAGGUCAUCCAUGAGGCCGUCAUGGACCUGAUCCAUAGCCGCAAGAAGGAGCGAGCUCUGGUCAACGGCAGUGGCGAUGGGCAGAGGAACGACUUGCUGUCGCGGAUGAUCGAAUUCGGCUACCCGGACCAGGCGAUACGCGACAUGGUGAUCAGCUUCAUCAUGGCCGGCCGCGACACGACAUCGUCGGCGCUGACGUGGUUCUUCUGGCUGCUCACCCGCCACCGCGACGUCGAGCAGGAGAUCCUGAAGGAGGUCACGGGCGCGAGCCACGCCGCCGGCAGCGAGGGCAAGAUGCGCGUGCUCCACGCCGCGCUGUGCGAGACGAUGCGGCUGUACCCGCCGGUGGCGUGGGACUCGAAGCACGCGGCGGCGGGCGACGUGCUGCCCGACGGCACCCGCGUGGAGCGCGGCGACCGCGUCACCUACUUCCAGUACGGCAUGGGGCGGAUGGAGUCCAUCUGGGGCACCGACGCCGCCGAGUUCAGCCUCCAAAGGUGGCUAUCUCUGCCCGAAGACACCGCUCCGCCAGCCGCGGUCGGCGGCGUGUCGCCGUUCAAGUACCCGGUGUUCCAGGGCGGACCGCGGACGUGCCUUGGCAAGGAGAUGGCCUUCGUGCAGAUGAAGUUCGUGGCCAGCGCCGUGCUGCGCCGGUUCGAGCUUGUCCCCGUGGACGAGGGCCGCGUGCCGGUGUUCGUGCCGCUGCUGACGGCGCACAUGGCCGGCGGGCUCAACGUGACGGUGAGGAGCAGAGGGGAUCAGAUCACAGGCAGCACACACACAUAAUUGCAGCAGGAAAUUAAGUAGUAGUUGACUCUCGUUUAAGUACCACAAGAAGAAGGAUUAACUAGUUCGUGCAUUACUACAUAUCUUUCUUCAAUGGAUUAUUGCUGCUUACAAUUAGUGUACACUUUGUACCAUAUGAUGAUCAUAUGAAACAGAUACACAACACACAUAUUUCCACUUCAACAAA